AUGCAUGAUGAUUUACUGGACAAAAUAGAUUUGAACUGUAAAGAGAUAGUGGAAGGAAACGACGAAGUUAUAAAAGAAGCCAGGAGUUGGACGUACGACACCAAGAAGAUUGAAGAAGACAUUCGUUUUGCGGAGAAUAAAUGUGUCGCUAUAAAAGAACUUUUUGGUUUUGAUAAGAAGAACACUACAAUAGAGGAGCUGCAGUAUCCCAUCGCUUACGGUGCGAUAGUCUAUCAAAAUUUCGUACAAGUGAUGUUCAUGCUUAGUGCUUUCUACCGUUCACACAACGAUUACUGCAUAGCUGUAAGCGGUUCAGCUAAUCGUACCUUCAAGUAUCUCAUGAACCAGUUUGGCAAAUGCUUUGAUAAUGUUCAAAUACUGGAGCGUCCGCCCAUAGGCUGGGCCUCAUUUGAAAUUAUCAACACAGUUUGGGCAUGUGUGGAGAUAUUAUCAAAAAGCAAAACGAAGUGGAUGUAUUACCAACAGCUUUCUGGAGUUGAUGUUCCUUUAAAAACAAACUUUGAAAUGGUGGAGAUCUUUAAGAGAUUGAAUGAAACUGUGAACAUCGAUUUUGAAAAGCACCCAAAAUAUCUUUUGAAAGGAAAAAAGAUGAAGGAGUCUCCUCUACCCUUGAUCAGGUCUUCAAUGAGUGGUGCUAUUCCGCGAAAAACCAUUGACAGAAUAGUAGAGGCAGGCAAAGCUCCCACACUUCUGAGCUUUCUAAACGGAACUCAAGUGCCAGACGAAUCCUUUUGGGCAACAAUCACUGGCAACACUAAAAAAUUUCCUGUACCGGGAGGCACAGAUGGAAACGAAUGGAUCAAUUUUACUGCUGGUUACAACUUAACUCACAGAAGUUAUGUGGCAAGAUAUGAGAGUGCAGGUCCCCACGAAGCUCUGAUGAAUUAUUAUAUCGCGAGAUACCAAGUAUGGGGAAAGAAAUGGUGCAGAGGUAUGAUGUUUCGAUACUCAUGUAUUUUUGGUAUUGACGACUUGGCUGUUGUUCUCAGUCAACCUCAUCUAAUUGCGCACAAGUUUUAUCUCGAAUUUGAGCCUGCAGCCUAUUUCUGCGUAUUAAAGGAGCUGCGCGCAAGAGAAGCCAGACCACUCAGUCUCAAUCUAAACUCUUAUGCAGAAUUACCUCAAGUAGAACUCAGUGCUGGUGUACCAUAUGAAAAACUAAAGCAUCGAGUUUGGAUGAUAAAUAAAUACUGGAAAAGAUAG